AUGGUGCCGGUUAGAAUUUUCAACGGUGACGUAAGCCUUACAACAAUAGCGUUUCUAGAUGAAGGGUCAUCGUAUUCACUGGUAGACAGUUCGUUGACCAGAAAACUAAAGUGCAGCGGACCAACUCAGCCGCUCCGCGUCACGUGGACAGCUGGAGUCUCCAGAUUGGAAAAAUAUUCUCAGAGACUACAGUUGACAAUCGCGGCUCGCGACUCGAACGAAAAGUUCGUGCUUCGGGAUGUACACAGCGUGAACAAUCUGAAGCUGCCAACGCAGUUCAUGAAUUUCACUGACGUCGCCGGAAAGUAUCGGCACUUGAAGGGGUUGCCUGUAACCGAUUAUGCUUUGUCAACACCGAUGCUCCUGAUUGGGCUUAAACAUAUUGAGUUUUUCGCACCAAUAGAAUCGCGUAUCGGUCAACCAGGCGAACCGAUCGCGGUUCGUUCGAAACUAGGCUGGACAGUUUACGGACCACAAGGGACAAAUCGCGAAGCAGGUUUUGUGGGACAACAUUCGUGUAUAGGGUUAUCAAAUGAAGAGUUGCACGAUCUUCUUAAGUCGCAGUACGCCCUUGACGAAAAAGGGGGUUCAGUUAAAAUAAUGCCAGAGUCUGAAGAAGACAGAAAGGCUCGAGAAAUUUUGGAGAAACGAACAGUUCGGGUCGGCGAUCACUUCGUGACCGGACUGCUCUGGAAUGAAGAGAACCCUACAUUUCCAGAUAGUUUGCCAAUGGCACUGCGGCGCAUGAAAAGUUUGGAGAAGAAAUUAUCGAUGAAUCCAGAACUGGAAGAGGCAGUAAGGCAGCAGAUAGUUCAGUAUCAGGUGAAAGGCUACUGUCACAAAGCAACGAAGGAGGAAUUGAACUCAACAAAACCAGAAAAUGUGUGGUACCUACCGUUGAACGUCGUCCUCAACCCAAAGAAACCGGGAAAAGUUCGGCUGGUAUGGGAUGCGGCAGCAGAAGUGAAAGGAGUCUCGCUCAAUUCCAAGCUCCUGAAAGGACCGGACUACUUAACCUCCUUACCUUCAGUGAUAAACAAAUUCCGGGAACAUCGCGUAGGGUUUGGAGGUGACAUCCGCGAGAUGUUUCACCAGCUUCAAAUACGAUCGGAGGAUAAACAAGCUCAGCGGUUCGUGUUCGAAAAUGAAGUUUACGUAAUGGACUGCGCCAUUUUCGGAGCCAGUUGUUUUCCAAGAGCAGCAAUGUACGUAAAGGAUAGAAAUGCUCGAGACUUUUGUGAACAGUUCCCAGAGGCUUCCGACGCAAUUAUUAACAGACAUUACGUUGAUGACUAUUUCGAUAGUAGCGACACCGUCGAAGAAGCGGUUCAGCGAGCGAGUGAGGUGAAAUUGGUCCAUUCCAAGGGCGGUUUCGAGAUCAGGAACUGGGUAUCAAACUCCCCAGCUUUCCUGGAGCAGAUGGGUGAAAAGGAGAAGAAUCAGGCAAUCCUCCUGGAUUCAGCCAAUCCCGAACGGGUUUUGGGGAUAGUAUGGAACACGACAGAUGAUGCUUUCACGUUCACCACCAAGAUGCAGGAUAAAUUGAUGCCGUACUUGUACGACGGAAAGGUACCAACGAAACGUGUUGUGCUUAGCUGCAUCAUGAGCCUCUUUGAUCCACUAGGACUACUGACACCGUUCACAUGUUUCGCAAAGGUGCUGAUUCAACUUCUUUGGAGAAUGGGUUGUGAAUGGGAUCAGGACAUCGAAGGAGAAGCGCUGGAAGAAUGGAGGCAAUGGACGAGACACUUGGGUGUUGUGGAGUCGGUGAAAAUCCCACGACAUUACUUCGGAGACGCUUUGUCUCUUGAUUACUCGUCGUUGCAACUGCAUACUUUCGCAGAUGCCAGCGAAAAGGCUUACGGCUGCGUCGGAUAUUUUAGAAUCAUGGCUGGGGGAAUUCCUCGGUGUACGAUGGUGCAAGCGAAAGCAAAGGUGGCACCACUGAAGCAGGUAUCGAUCCCACGAUUGGAGUUAAUGGCGGCCGUGCUUGGUUGUCGAUUAGCUGACACUAUAAGAGAAAAUCACAGCUUGACAGUGAAGCAAGUGUUCUACUGGACGGAUUCGCGCACCGUCCAUUCUUGGAUAGUUUCCGAUCAACGGAAAUAUAAGGCAUUUGUAGCGUUCAGGAUCGGAGAAAUCAUCUGGCAAUGGCGAUGGGUGCCAACCAAGGUAAAUGUUGCGGACCAGCUAACCAAAUGGAAUAAAGGGCCACAGUUCGGUUCGGAUAGUUCCUGGUUCCAAGGUCCUCAAUUUUUACGCAGACCGGAACCGGAAUGGCCACUACCACAACCAAAGCCCCCAAAUGUGGAAGAAGAGAUGAGAGCGGCUUUCCUGUUACAUGAUAUAGAAGUCCAAAGCACGUUAGUGGACGUUUUAAGGUUUUCCAAGUGGAACGUUCUCGUCAGAACGCUGGCUUGUGUGAAGAGGUUCAUCGACAAUCUACGAACAAAGCGAGAAGGAAAGGCAAUCGAAGUUGUGCCGGCAUCACAGAAGGUUAAAGCAUCGAUCUUGAAGAAGCUGUCGAUAAUCGAAAAACCAUUGGACCGCGAUGAAUAUCAAUUCGCGGAAAGUUGUCUGUUUAAAUUGGCUCAGGUAGAAGCGUAUCCCGACGAAGUCAGAACUUUGAUGAAAAGUCGUCAAGCAGAGGGGCCAGUCAGAUGCAAUAUGGAAAAGAACAGUCCACUCUACAAAGUGUCAUCGAUCCUAGAUGAACUCGACGUCAUUCGCAUGGAAGGAAGGUUGGCAGCAGCGGAGUUUCUUCCGUUUGAGCUGCGUUACCCGAUAGUGCUUCCGAAAGGUCACCAGAUCACACGCAAAUUGUUGGACCAUUAUCACCAAAAGUACGGACACGCAGUCCGAGAAACACUAACAAACGAAAUUCGACAGAGGUUCUACGUGUCCCAUCUUCGAGCUGAGGUGAGGAAGGUUGUGGAUAAUUGGGUAUGGUGCAAAACAAGAAAUUGCAAACCAAAAGCACAAAGGAUGGCACCGUUACCAGUACAACGCGUGACCCCCAAUCUGCGUCCGUUCAGCUUCACUGGAGUCAAUUUUUUUGGGCCUUUGCUUGUUACUGUUGGUCGGCGUGUGGAGAAACGGUGGGUGGCAUUGUUCACCUGUCUUGUGACAAGAGCAAUUGUUGGAGUAGUAACCUGCGAUCUAAAUAGUUGA